AAUUGUGCAACUUGUUUUCAAACUUGUGUGUCUGUACCAAAACUAACCUUGAAAUUAAUACUCAUCCCUACUGGGUAAUGUUUAUUAAAAUAAUAUAUAUAUACAGUAUAUAUUUAUCCAGUUAGCCACCCUAUGGAAGUCAAAAAUUUUCUUUAAAUUUUGCACACAGCUUGCAUGUUAUGAUAAUACAAAAUUGUAGGCUCCUGUGACAUCUGCUUGCUGAGUUAUUAAUUACUAAAGUUCAAGUACGGAGGCAAUUUUCGACCAAACAUCUUAUGCUUUCAUUGGCAAUAACUUUUUGUUUAAUUAUGAUAUCAAUUGACCAGGAAAUUACAUUGAUAUACAUGAUUUCAAAUAACUGGCUGAGUUCAUAAAUAAUAUAUCCAUUUCAGUUCUUUACUUUAAUUUAUACUUCCUGAAGCGAUUAAGAUGGACGAAGAGAACGAGGUUGUCAACCGCAAUUACAAUAUAGGGAACGGAACAUUUCUCAUUAUAAAGGAAGUUCGAUAUUUGCAGUUUGAUAUAUGGUUUGAUAACAAGAUAUUUGUGUCUCACCCUAAUAACCGAGGGUUAACGAAGAUCUUGCUACCAUACUACCUGAUAUCCCGGCCCACUAACGAUGCUUUAACCUUCAUAAAUAACCGUACUCCCAAAGAAUUUGUGAUAUCGAGUGAAACUUCAGGGAGAAAAACUAUUGGAAGUAUACUUAACUCCAAUCUACAGGAAUUAGCGAACAAUAUUACGGCUAGUUUCUCAACUGGGAUCAUUGACCACAGCACUGUUAUUGAGGUUCAUCAUGCCUGUUACUACAAAGUUGGAGAGCAUUCUGUUUUUCUAUCAGAAAACGGUUGUUAUCUUCUUGAGCCACUGGGAAUAAGAAAAUUGACUAGUGAUGAAGUACAGAAUUUACUGGAGACUAAGGUUUACCUGGUGUUUAAAAAUCCAAAGGUGGCAGAGGGAGUAAAAUAUUGUGAGAGUGCUUCUGAGGCCUUUGAAUGCCUGGAUAAAGUCAUGAAAAUUGGAGUAGACAUUUUCCCUGGUGGAGUUUUUCAGAACUUUUUCUAUUACAUGAUCGACGGUUGUAAUCGGGCUCACCCAGAUGUAAAAGAGUUCUUUACACUAGGCCUGCAGAGUAGACAGACUGGAACUGGUAAAGGUGUCCUGUUAAAACUCAUGAAGAUAUUUAUGACUGAUGAGUACGAAGAUUCUUCUCUUGAUCUAGGAUUUACUCUAUCCAGUUUAAGUUCAGCACUUCAGAAUGAACCUGUUUGUUUUGAUGAGUUGACUGGUAACAGGGAUGUUAUUACGUCUGCAAUAUUGUCGAACUGGACGGGAAAGAUUUGUUUAAGAUCUACCAAGAGUUCUAAUCUUAAAGUCUUCUUUCCGGUUUCCUUCUCUACAAAUAUGGAUCGAGAGGAAGUAAUGAAGAAAUUGAGAACGGACACAUACAUGAUGGACAAGGUGCUAUUCAUGAAUGUUGGGGAAUCUCAGUUAGAAAAUGAACGGAAGAUUGAUGAUCUCAUGUUGGGUAUACGCGAGCUGAGAAAGUGCAAGCCGUAUCUUCUCGGUUAUGCCUUGAAAUCAAGAGAACUAAGUAACUCACUGCAAGACGAGAAGAUUGAAAGCCUCAGAAUAUUGAAGCAAGUUGGACGAAUGAGGUCUUUCUACAAUAUGCUGGAGCAGGACAUGGGGUUUCAGACAAACUGGUGUGCAUCUCCAAGUUACAAUUGUGUACUGGUUCCAGGCCUAAACCUUCCUUAUGAGACGAUGACAGUAGAAGGUAUGGUGAAAGCUUUGGUAGAUCUACCAGAUGAGGAAUUUAUCAAGCUAAGGCCCUAUGUCAAUAAAGGACCAAGGAAGAAUGAGUCAUGUGCUCUAAACUUAAGGUUUGUAGAAGCUGAGGUAAGAAAGUUUGCCCUGUUCAAUACAUACAGAGAACCCUUCAACGCAUUACCCACGUUGCGAACUUCGAAUAUAUCUGCAUAUGCAAGACGUAACAACAAAGUUCUAAGAAUUGAGGAUGAAUACAAGAAAUACUUUAACAAGUUGUACUUAAGGGUCCUAAACACUGCUGGAAAGGUGGAGUUUGGAAGAAAGGAAGGGCAGGUCUGGCAGGAUGGAGAUCCUACAGAGGACGAUAUUACAGAGGACGAAGAUUUUAUUGCUGAAAAUCUAUUCGACGAACCUAGAAUUCACAGUGAUUACACCGAGGAACAUAGAAAUAACGAAGAUGAAAUUGACGAUUCAAGGGAGGACAAAAACACUCAGAAUAUUUCAGUUCUUUCAACUGGCGGAGACGAUCAAACGGAGAACCAAACCACUUCAAAUAAGAUUCCGGUGGAGUUUGGAAGAAAGGAAAGCCAGGUCUGGGAAGAUGGAGAUCCUUCAGAGGACGAUAUUACAGAGGACAAAGAUUUUACUGCUGAAAAUCUAAUUGACGAAGCUUAUAUUGACGAUUCAAGGGAGGACGAAAACACACAGAAGAUUCAAGUUCAGGGAGACGAUCUAAAGAAGAACGAAACCACUUCUCAGAAGAUUCAAGUUCAGGGAGACGAUCUCAAGAAGAACCAAACCACUUCACAGAAGAAUCAAGUUCAGGGAGACGAUCUAGAGAAGAACCAAACCACUGCACAGAAGAAUCAAGUUCAGGGAGACGAUCUAAAGAAGAGCCAAACCACUUCACAGAAUAUUCAAGUUCAUGGAGACAAUCGAAUGAAGAACCAAACCACUUCACAGAAGAUUCAAGUUCAUGGAGACAAUCAAAUGGAGAACCAAACCACUUCACAAAAGAUUCAAGAUCAGGGUGACGAUAGAAUGGAGAACCAAACCACUUCACAGAAGAUUCAAGUUCAGGAAGACAAUCGAAUGAAGAACAAAACCACUUCACAGAAGAUUCAAGUUCAUGGACACGAUCGAAUGAAGAACCAAACCACUUCAAAAAAGAUUCAAGUUCAGAAAGACGAUGGAAUAAAGAACCAAACCACUUCAAAGAAGAUUCAGGUUCAGAAAGACGAUCGAAUGGAGAACCAAACCACUUCAAAAAAGAUUCAAGUUCAGAAAGACGAUCGAAUGGAGAACCAAACCACUUCACAGAAGAUACAAGUUCAGGAAGAUGAUCGAAUGGAGAAUCAUACCACUUCACAGAAAAUUCAAGUUCAGGCAGACGAUCGAAUUGAGAACCAAACCAGUUCACAGAAGAUGCAAGUUGAGGAAGACGAUCUAAAGAAGAACAACCAAACCAGUUCACAGAAAAUUCAAGUUCAGGGAGACAAUCGAAUGAAUAACGAAACUACUUCACAGAAGAUUCAAGUUCAGAAAGACGAUCGAAUGGAGAACCAAACCACUUCACAGAAGAUACAAGUUCAGGAAGACGAUCGAAUGGAGAACCAAACCACUUCACAGAAGAUGCAAGUUCAGGAAGACGAUCGAAUGAAGAACAACCAAACCAAUUCACAGAAAAUUCAAGUUCAGGAAGACAAUCGAAUGAAUAACCAAAGCACUUCACAGAAGAUUCAAGUUCAUGGAGACAAUCAAAUGAAUAACCAAACCACUUCACAGAAGAUUCAAGUUCAUGGAGACAAUCAAAUGGAGAACCAAACCACUUCACAGAAGAUUCAAGUUCAGGGUGACGAUAGAAUGGAGAACCAAACCACUUUACAGAAGAUUCAAGUUCAGGAAGACAAUCGAAUGAAGAACAAAACCACUUCACAGAAGAUUCAAGUUCAUGGAGACGAUCGAAUGAAGAACCAAACCACUGCAGAGAAGAUUUCAGUUCUUUCAACUGGGGGAGACGAUCAAGCGGAGAACCAAACCACUUCAAAUAAGGUUGUGUUGAAGAGAAAUCGUGCGAAAGAUUAUGAUCUAGGGAAAUCAGAUACAUCUCCAGCUUCAGACAAUGAUGACUGUUUCAUUGAGAAGAAGAAGAAAUAUUCUAAGAAAAUUCCUCAGAAUAAACCUAAGGUAAAAAUUUAAAAACUGGAAUCCCUUAACUGAUUUGUCUCAUAUUUGAUUGGGAAGUCUGUAGAACAACGUGAAUGUUUUUA